AUGGACGAAUUUACAUACCUUUCAGUUUUCGUGGCAAUAACAUGUUUCCUCGUCCUCAUAGCCUGGAAAAACUCGAGGAGCCCGAUUUUAGACUGUCCCGUGCUCGGCAUGCUGCCGUCACUCCUCCUCAGCGUCGGCCAAAUUCACGACGCGUGCACGGAAACCUUCGCCAAAUCCGAGCGUGGGACCUUCCGCUUCCGCGGCCCGCCGUUCUCCGGCAUGGACAUGCUCUGCACGGUGGACCCCGCCAACGUGCACCACAUCCUCACUGGAAACUUCCGGAACUUCCCCAAGGGCCCCGCCUUCCGCGAGAUCUUCGACAUCCUCGGCAACGGCAUAUUUAACUCCGACCACGGCCCGUGGAGGGAGCAGCGGAGCCUCGCCCGGAUCCUUCUGGCCCGCCCGGCCUUCCGCCGUUUUCUCGCGAAAACGAGCCUCGAGAAAUUAGAGCGAGGAAUUAUUCCGGUCCUCGAGAUGUUCUCACGAGAAGGUCGGGUGGCCGACCUUCAGGACCUGUUCCAGAGGUUCACGUUCGACACGACGUGUGUCUUGGUGGCCGGGCACGACCCGGGUUGUUUGACGACCGAUUUUCCGGACGUGCCCUUCGCUCGGGCCCUGGAUCAUGCUGAGGUGUCGGUUUUCAUGCGCCAUGUGGUGCCCGAGUGGGUUUGGAGGCUACAGAGACGGGUUGGGGUCGGGGAAGAGAGAAAGUUGAGGGAGGCUCGGGGGAUUUUGGAUAGUGUCAUAAAUGAUUUUAUUGUGGAGAAGAGAAUCCGGGACGAACUCAAAAUGAAGAUUUCGCCCGCGGAGGAGAGGGGGAAGUUGCGGGUUUUCGGAGUUGAGGAGGUGAAAGAUUUGGUGUACUUGCACAGCGCGGUUUGCGAGGCUUUAAGGCUUUACCCGCCCGUGCCUUUUCAGCACAAGGAGCCGUUGGGGCCGGACGUGCUUCCGAGCGGGCAUUGUGUGGGCCCGGGGAUGAAGGUGGUGAUCUCGUUGUACGCGAUGGGGAGAAUGGAGUCUAUAUGGGGGGAGGAUUGCUUGGAGUUUAAGCCCGAGAGGUGGAUUUCGAAGGUGGGGAUGGUUAGGCACGAGCCGUCGUAUAAGUUUCUUGCGUUUAAUGCGGGGCCGAGGACUUGUUUGGGGAAAGAGAUGGCGUUUGCUCAGGUGAAGGCGGUGGCCGCAACUUUGAUUUAUAACUAUCGGAUUCGGGUGGCCGAGGGACACAGCGUGGAGCCUAAUUGUUCGAUUAUACUCUACAUGAAGAAUGGUUUCAAGGUUAGGGUUGCUAAUAGGUGGUCUUGUGAGUGA